GCAUUAGUGAUUAUCUUGUUUAAUUUGGUUUUCCUCUUCCAUCCGAAUUAGGUUGUAUUGAUUGGCAGCUCUAAACUGGCUCAAGUGUCACCCUUGCCACAUUGAUCAGCAAGUCCAAAGGAAAACCCUCAGUCAUAAGACUCAAAUCAUGGACUUCAAUUUGUCUCAGAAAAAUACAAGUAAGGUGUUAAUACUACCCCAAACAACCAUGGUGGCUAAUUCUAAGAUGGCAGUCACACAGGUAUUAGUCUGCAUCUUCCUUUAUGUAAAUUUUAUCAUGCUUUUCUCAUUCUUCAGUAAGGAUUCCUUUCAUCAGGAUAGUCGCUAUAUUUUGUUUGCUCACAUGUUACUUGUGGAUACUAUGAUGCUGUUAAUGGUGGACCUGGGAGUACUAAUGUCCUAUUUCCACCUCCUGCUGCCUGCUGCUUUGUGCAUCCCAAUCUGCACUUUAAUGGCCAUCCUUUCUGUCUGCACACCAUUGACUCUGACCACCAUGUGCCUUGAACGUUAUAUUGCUAUUUGCAUACCACUGAGACAUGCAGAGAUCUCAACCAUUCAAAGAACUAUGCUUGGUAUUCUGCUUAUUUGGAUUACAGGAUUCAUUUUUGCUUCUAUUGAUUUAUUUAUUAUACUUGUAACACAGCCACAUAGUUUUUACUUAGUAAAUUAUAUCUGUAGUUAUGAAAUGAUGCUUCUGUACACUUGGCAGUCUUCCUUGAGAUCAUCCUUACGUCUAUUACUUUUUCUAGCAAUAUUAAUUUUUAUACUAUUCACCUAUGUAAAAAUCAUGCAUGCAGCAAGAGCUGUUUCCUCAGAGAAAACCUCUGCCUCCAAAGCUCGCAACACUGUCAUUCUUCAUGCAGUUCAACUUCUGCUGGCUUUAACUGUCUUCAUUUGUCCCUUUGUUGAAACAAUCAUUAUGUGGGGUGAUUUGGAGACUUUUUUAAAUAUUCGUUAUUUUAAUUUUAUUAUGUUUACUUUGUUUCCUCGAUGUCUAAGUUCACUUAUUUAUGGUUUGAGGGAUGAUAAAUUUAACAAAUUGUUUCAAAAUUACCUCAUAUGUGGACUAAAUAAAAUAAUAAUGGGGAAAUAAGGGGAAAAUAUUCUCUUAUUUCAAAAACAAAUCUAA